CAUCUUUUUACUGGAUAAUCCCAUCAACAUUCCCAAGAAAUUCAUUCCUACUAAAUUAUCAGCAAUCACUACUCCCUUCAUUUCUGAUUUCACUCACUCUAUCAGCUUCCCACCCUAUAUAAACCCCUGCUCUGUUUCCCAUAUUUCCGCUUGAUAUAGUAACAAGAAAAUCCAAGAAGAAAGAUAUAGUCAGAGGAGAAGAAAUGCCACCGGACGAAGUAUUCAUUGGUUCUAUAGAUCAAGGCACUACCAGCACAAGAUUCUUCAUCUAUGACAGUGCUGCAAGACCCGUCGGAUCCCACCAAAUCGAAUUUACUCAAUUUUAUCCACAAUCGGGAUGGGUGGAGCAUGAUCCAAUGGAGAUUCUUGAGAGUGUGAGAUUGUGUAUCGCAAAGGCUGUUGAUAAGGCCACUGCUGAUGGACACAAUGUUGAUAGUGGACUGAAAGCCAUUGGUUUGACCAAUCAGAGAGAGACUACUGUUAUUUGGAGCAAAUCCACCGGUUGUCCUCUUUACAAUGCCAUCGUCUGGAUGGACGUUCGUACCAGUUCUCUUUGCAGAAAAUUGGAGAAAGAGCUACCAGGGGGAAAAACUCAUUUUCUUGAGACAUGUGGUUUGCCAAUAAGCACUUAUUUCAGUGCAUUGAAAGUUUUGUGGUUGUUGGAUAACGUUGAUGCUGUAAAGGAAGCCGUGAAGAAAGGGGAUGCAUUGUUUGGAACAAUAGAUACAUGGUUGAUUUGGAAUUUGACAGGAGGAAAAGAAAACGGUUUACAUGUUACUGACGUGUCGAAUGCUUCACGAACUAUGUUGAUGAACCUUAAGACACUAGAUUGGGAUGCAACUAUUUUGGAUAAAUUGUCAGUAAUGCUGAGAUUAUUGGAAAUAUCAGCAAAGGAUGGCCAACUCCAGGAAUCCCAAUCGCUGGAUGUCUUGGUGAUCAACAUGCAGCCAUGGUGGGACAAGGGUGUCGGAAAGGUGGAGCUAAGAGCACAUUUGGCACAGGGGCUUUUAUACUUCUAAAUACGGGUGAGGAGAUAGUUAAGUCCAACCAUGGGUUAUUGAGCACUUUGGCAUACAAGCUUGGGCCUAAGGCUCCAACUAAUUAUGCUCUAGAGGGCUCCAUUGCAAUUGCUGGCGCAGCUGUUCAAUGGCUUCGGGACAGUCUUGGCAUAAUUAAGAGUGCGAGUGAGAUCGAGGAGUUGGCCUUGCAAGUUGACACGUGUGGAGGUGUUUAUUUUGUACCAGCAUUUAAUGGGUUGUUUGCCCCAUGGUGGCGUGAUGAUGCUCGGGGAGUCUUAAUAGGGAUCACAAGGUUUACGAACAAAUCCCACAUUGCUCGGGCUGUGCUCGAGAGCAUGUGUUUUCAGGUGAAAGACGUUUUGGAUUCAAUGCACAAGGAUGUUGGAGAUAAGGGUGAGGCUAAGAACGACAAGGGGGAGUUUUUACUCAGAGUUGAUGGUGGUGCUACUGUCAACAACCUACUAAUGCAAAUUCAGGCUGACUUGAUAGGGAAACCGGUCGCGAGGCCUGCUGAUAUAGAGACAACGGCCCGUGGAGCAGCUUAUGCAGCUGGAUUAGCCAUCGGCAUUUGGACAGAAAAGGAUAUAUUUUCUUCAGGUGAAGAGAUGGAUAAACCCACCAUUUUCCGGCCGAUAGUCGAUCAAGAAGUGAGGAAGAAGAAGGUGGACUCCUGGUGCAAAGCAGUUUCAAGAACUUUUGACUUGGCUGACCUCUCUCUGUAAUCACACUCUUGGAAACACACUCAGUUUUACAGUUUUUCCUUGUGUUCUUUGAUGAAUUCAGCAACUUUUUCUCUGUGAAUUCAUUCGUCUGAGAUUAAAUAUUAAAUAAUUAUUUUUUUUCUGAUA